CAAAUGAAAGACGCAAAUGUGAAUGUAAGCUCCAGAAUGACAAACAAUGGUAAACAAAAAACGAUAGCAAACUACUUACGUUCAAUUUAAUAUGUAGAAUGCUUCAAAAUAUUAAGAGAUAUGCAAAAGCAAUAGUUAAAGAAAGGUGUAGGACUACCGCUAAAUAAAUGAAUGGGAUGCUUAUACAAUAACGCUGCGGAAAUGACGACACAGAUGUGCGGACCCGGCUUCACUCCGACGAAGACCCACACUAUAAUGCGUCCCCCUGGAAACAAGGGGAAGAUCUACUGUUCCCGAUGCGCAUUGUAUCUGCGAAUAAAUAACUUGGUUCUAUUUUAUGCCACUUUUUACGCACUUGUCUUUUCAAAAGUUUCGCCUGCAACAGCGCCACUAAAUGUUUUAUUUUGUUUGUUUGAUUGCUUUGAGCUGUUGGAGUGGCCGCGGCUGGAUGUUUGUAGCGAUGACUCGUCUCGUGACGUUCUUCCGCAUCCUCCCCUCCCCUCCCAUCCAGGCAAGAUGGCAGACGAAGCAACAAGGAAAGCAGUGUCCGAAAUACCGCUUUUAAAGACCAACGCUGGGCCCAGGGACAAGGAAUUGUGGGUGCAGAGAUUAAAAGAGGAGUACCUAGCUCUCAUCAAAUAUGUGGAAAACAAUAAGAAUGCAGAUAACGACUGGUUCCGCCUGGAGUCCAACAAAGAAGGCACAAGGUGGUUUGGAAAAUGCUGGCUAAUUCAUGAUCUUCUGAAGUAUGAGUUUGACAUGGAGUUCGAUAUUCCUGUGACGUACCCUGCCACAGCUCCAGAAGUUGCUAUUCCAGAGCUGGAUGGAAAGACAGCCAAAAUGUACAGGGGAGGGAAGAUUUGUCUGACAGACCAUUUUAAGCCUCUCUGGGCCCGGAAUGUCCCUAAGUUUGGCCUGGCUCACUUGAUGGCCCUCGGGCUUGGACCUUGGCUGGCUGUUGAGAUACCUGAACUCAUUGCAAAGGGCCUCAUUCAACACAAGGAACACCAGAGCAGCUGAGGCUCCUGGACUUUCGAUUCACAGUGAAAGAGAGAACAACAGAAGUCGAUUCUGAGCAUUCUCAGCAUUCUCACAGGGACUGACUUUGAAUGGUUUUCGGACAAAAAGUAACAACAAUAAAUCGCAGGCAUUCUAAAUGAAUGUGUAUGAAGACUAUGUAAUCUCGCUUGAGUUAAAUUAUACAAGUACAACUGCCCAGGACAGUUUGUGUUUAAGUCAUUUGUAUACUUUGUUCGUAACUUAAAAUACACUAUAAUGAUCUGGGACCAGUACUACAGAUCUGGACAGAAAAAACUAAUGCAUUAUUAAAGUGUGUUAAAACUAAAGCUAAAGAUUUACAUCUCUUCAACUCAGACUCUCAGGGUAGUGUGAGUUGUAAAGGUCCAUAACAAACUUGUUAAUUCAUGCAAUAUAAAAAUUAAAGGUUCUUUAGCAUUUA